AAACCAACUUGUACAAAAAAAAACGAUUUUAUCACUUUCAAUGUGAAUGAAAAGGGAAACACUUGUUAGUUCAGAGUUCUUCAAAAACACAAUCUUCUGCGCGGGAGCGAAUUCUCCCACUCUCCUUCUUGCCGGAACCCCCUUUUGAAUUAUUGUUUUCUGUUCAUAAGUAGGGAACUGGGAAAGAUAAAAAGAUUUUAUCGUCUUGCAUGGUCAAACUUAAACCUGUUUGGUUAAUUUGUGUUCUUUGAGGAGAAUUGAAAAGUAUGGAAGUGUUAUUGAAUUCUUUGCUUAACCAAAGUUGUUUAAAACCCUUUGGUUUCACUCCAAGAGUUGGUUAUACUUUCCCAUUUACCACGAGAACUCGGCAUUUAAAUCGAAAACAUAAUUCCUUCACCUUGAAAAUUGAUUGCACGUGUUUCGAUAGAGAGAGUGUCACCAGUGCCAGAGGAGCUAGAAUUUCUGCACUGGAUAGUGAUGAUAAAGGAGAGGACUUUAAUAUGGACUGGGAAUCGGAGUUUGUGAGGGAAUUGGAUCCAUUCGGUUACCGAGCUCCAAAGAAAAGGGAAAAAGAACAGAAGUCGGAGUUGCUUGAAGACCCAAAUGGAAUGGAUUGGUGUGUGAGGGCAAGAGAGGCGGCGCUGAAAUCAAUUAAAUCGAGGGGCAUGAGUCAUGCGAUGGAAGAUCUGGUUACUGUUAAGAAGAAGAAGAAGAAGGCAAAGAAGAACUUGGUAAGCAAGAAGGAAACAGAUAAGAAAAUCGAUGAACUUGAUUACAGUUCCAAGAAAGACUUUGGACAGCCACAGCCUAUGCAAUCUCGGGGUGAUGUUGGUGAUUUGAAAAGGAGAGUUAGUUUGAUGGCCGAAGCCGAAGGAAUGUUUGCAGAAAAGGAGAAAAAGGUGGAAACAUUUUUCAAUAGACUGUCUCAAUUCUCCGGGCCAUCGAACCAUAGAAAAGAAAUCAACUUGAACAAAGCAAUUAUCGAAGCGCAGACUGCAGAGGAUGUGUUAGUUGUUACUUACGAAACAGUUGUUGCGGUUGCAAAAGGACUAAGCCCCUCACCUCUCUCUCCUUUGAAUAUCGCUACUGCUCUUCAUCGCAUUGCUAAAAAUAUGGAGAAAGUUCAUAUGAUGAAAACUCGAAGACUAACUUUUGCUCGACAAAAAGAGAUGUCUAUGCUUGUUGGCAUUGCAAUGACAGCCUUACCUGAAUGCUCGGCUCAAGGAAUCUCAAACAUAGCUUGGGCGCUGUCCAAAGUUGGAGGCGAACUGCUUUACUUUUCAGAAAUGGAUAGAAUUGCAGAGAUUGCACUGGCCAAAGUCGGGGAAUUAAAAUCUCAAAACGUUGCUAAUAUUGCCGGUGCUUUUGCUUCGAUGCAUCACUCUGCACCCGAUCUUUUCUCAGAAUUGUCGAAAAAAGCCUCAGAAAUAAUUCACACCUUCAGUGGGCAAGAACUUGGACAGCUUUUGUGGGCUUUUGCAUCUUUAUAUGAGCCUGCUGACCUUAUAUUUGAUUCUUUAGACAGACUCUUUGAUGAUCAUAACCAACCAAGAGGUUUCAUCGGUGACAAAUCAUCCAAUAAUGACGAACAAAUCAGUGUCGAAUCUGUUGACAGAAAUGUGGACUCAACUGUACUGGCUUUAAGUAGGGAUCAGCUUGGUCCUAUAGCUUGGUCCUAUGCUGUUUUCGGACAAAUGGAUAGGAGUUUCUUCUCUUAUGCCUGGAAAACUCUUGGCCAUUUUGAGGAGCAAAGGGUUUCAGAGAUGUAUAGGGGAGAUAUCAUGUUUGCUUCUCAGGUUCAUCUCGUAAACCAGUGUUUGAAACUUGAAUUUCCGCACCUUCAGUUGUCAUUAAGCGGUGAGCUUGAGGACAAAGUUUUGCGUGCUGGAAAAACUAAAAGGUUUAAUCAGAAGAUAACUUCGUCGUUUCAGAAAGAGGUCGGACGUCUUCUUGUUAGCAUUGGCCACAAAUGGAUCAAAGAAUAUGAUGUGGAUGGGUACACUUUGGAUGCUGUGCUAGUUGGUAAAAAGCUUGCUCUGGAGAUUGAUGGUCCAACUCAUUUCUCUAGAAAUACUGGUGUUCCUUUAGGACACACUAUGCUAAAACGCCGAUACAUUACCGCUGCUGGUUGGAGACUCGUAUCAUUAUCCUAUCAAGAGUGGGAGGAACUUCAAGGAGAAUUCGAACAAGCGGAGUACCUUAGGAAUAUUCUUAAAGAUCAUUUAGAUGAAAGAUUUGCGAAAACUACUUUGACUGAGGUAAAGUGAUCACUCAAUGCUUUUCGCGAGGUAUCAAGAGUUUUGUACUUUUAAAUUGUUAUGCUCCCUUUUAGAAAUUUUAGUAAAGGGCAUGUAUUUUUGUUAGAAAUAUUAUAUCUCAAGUUCAUCUAAAUCAUAGUUUUUGGUGUAUAUUUCUAACACAUGGUCAUUUCAUAAGCACAACAAGACCAUUUACCUCA